AUGCUACGCUCCGCUGUUCGCUCGGUUUCAUCAUCCAACAUUCGACCGUUGGCUUCAUUAGGUGCCAGGUGUGCCUCCAGGGUGGAGACUGCACUAACUGGGGCAAGCUUAUCCAUUACCUCCGGGAGCUCGAGGGCUUUCUCAGUAUCGGCUCGUUCCAUGGAGGGUUCUACGCUAAAUUCAUUGGAUACUUUUACGGAGGAGGAGGAGAUGCUGAGGGAAUCUGUCAGACGCUUCGCUACAGACGUCGUGGCUCCCAAGGUCCGGGAAAUGGACGAGAGGGAAAGUAUGGACCCAGAUAUAAUAAAGGGCCUCUUUGAGCAAGGUCUCAUGGGCAUCGAGACUAGCGUAGAGCAUGGCGGUGCCGAAUCAUCGUUUACGUCCGCCAUAAUUGCUAUCGAGGAAUUGGCCAAAGUAGACCCCUCCGUGUCCGUCAUGUGCGACGUCCACAAUACCCUCGUGAAUACCAUCCUGAGGAAGUACGGCACCAAGGAGCAGCAAGAUAAAUGGCUACCACCACUCUCAGAGUCCAAGCUGGGUUCUUUCUGCUUGUCUGAACCUGCGUCUGGGUCAGACGCAUUCUCGCUACAAACGCGUGCCGUCAAGGACGGCAGUCACUGGAUCAUCAACGGGUCCAAGAUGUGGAUCACCAAUUCACAUGAAGCCGAGAUCUUCCUGAUAUUCGCAAACGUCGAUCCGAGCAAGGGGUACAAGGGUAUCACGUGCUUCAUUGCAACGAAGGAUAUGGGUAUUCAGAUCGCAAAGAAAGAGGAGAAGCUUGGCAUUAGAGCUUCUUCGACGUGUACCCUGAACUUUGACGACCUACGGAUACCAGAAGAGAAUAUUAUUGGUGGCGAAGGCAAGGGAUACAAGAUCGCAAUCGAAAUCCUGAAUGAAGGGCGUAUAGGCAUCGCAGCACAAAUGCUCGGCCUCGCUCAAGGGGCAUUCGACAAAGCCGUGCCGUAUACCUACACGCGCAAGCAAUUCGGCCAACCGGUCGGGACGUUCCAGGGCAUGGCUUUCCAGAUUGCACAGGCUGCCGUUGAAAUCGAGAGUGCCCGCCUGCUGACGUACAAUGCUGCUAGACGGAAGGAGGAAGGGAAGAGCUUCACCAAAGAGGCUGCAAUGGCCAAGUAUUGGGCAAGUGUGAUCGCACAACGGGUGUCCGGUCAAGCAAUCGAAUGGGCUGGAGGGGUAGGGUUCACGCGAGAGACCGGGAUAGAGAAGUACUGGAGAGACUCUAAGAUCGGAGCUAUAUACGAGGGGACAUCCAAUAUUCAGCUACAGACGAUUGCCAGGUUCAUUCAGAAGGAGUACUCGUAG